CCAACAGUCGGAAGAGAUGGGUUUUGUUCUCCAGGCAACCUUGCAGCCACUCUGUCCUCCAGUCGGCUUCCUGCAGCUCCAUCAUGGCUCUGAAUAUCGCCGGUGUGACAGUGAUGAUGUUCUUCUACCUGCUGGUCCUGGGGAUCGGCAUCUGGGCUUCAUUCAAGUCCAAAAAGGAGGCCAAGAAGGGCCAGGGGGAUAAGACCGAGAUGGCUUUACUGGGGAACCGGGGCAUCAACCUGGUGGUCGGCAUCUUCACCAUGACAGCUACAUGGGUUGGAGGUGGAUUCAUUGUGGGCACAGCAGAAGCGGUGUAUAACCCCUCCAUGGGACUCAUAUGGGCCGUCAUGCCAAUCGCAGCAACCAUGUGCUUCAUCAUAGGUGGCCUGUUCUUCGCCGAGCCGAUGAGGAACAACAAAUAUGUGACCGUGAUGGACCCUUUCCAGAUCAAAUAUGGAAAAGUGCCAACGGCCGCUCUGUCGCUGGCCUCACUCGUAUCGGAGAUUAUGUGGGUGACAGGAACACUCAUAGGAUUAGGCGUGACCAUGAGUGUGAUCCUGGAUUUGUCGUACACGGUGAGUAUCUGGAUCUCCGCUGCUGUGGCCAUCACCUACACUCUGCUGGGAGGUCUGUACUCCGUGGCCUACACCGACAUCAUACAGCUCGUCCUCAUAUUCAUCAGCCUGUGGAUGUGUGUCCCCUUUGCACUGAUGAGCCCUGCAGUGUUGGACAUCACUCAGACGGCUUAUAACAACACCAUUCAGCCUCCGUGGGUUGGUUCGCUGGAGGCAGACAGAGCCUGGAAGUGGAUUGACAACUUUCUACUGUUGGGUUUGGGGAAUUUGGGGCUCCAGAAUUUCCACCAGAGGACGCUGUCCGCCUCGUCCUCGUCUACAGCCAAGAUCACCUGCUACGCUGCUGCGUUCAUCGUUCCAACAUUAGGCAUCCCUCCCAUUCUGCUCGGAGCAGCUGCCGCAUCAACAAAUUGGAACUUGACUUCUUACGGUUCUCCGUCUCCCUUUGAGCGUGGAGAGACCGGACUCAUCCUGCCCAUCGUCCUACAGUACCUCACCCCAACCUAUAUCUCCAUCAUCGGCAUCGGGGCCGUAGCUGCCGCUGUGAUGUCAUCAACUGACUCCGCCUUGCUGUCCGCCGCCUCCAUCUUUACCUCAAACAUCUACAAGAACAUCCUGAGGACACAGGCGACAGAGCAGGAGAUCCAGUGGGUGAUCCGGGCCUCAGUGGUGGUGGUGGGCCUGGCCGGCACGUCGCUCACCUUCCUGGACAACAGCGUCCUGAUGAUCUGGAUGCUUCGCUCCGACCUCACCUACACCUUGAUGCUGCCGCAGCUCGUUUGUGUCCUCUUCUUCAGCAUCUCCAACGGCUACGGCGCCGUUCUGGGCUGCAUAGUGGGCGUGCUCCUCAGGGUGCUCUGCGGGGAGCCGCUGCUGGGGCUACCACCUGUUAUCAAAUUCCCAGGAUGCGUUUUGGUUAAUGGAGUUUAUGUCCAACGUUCCCCAAUCAGGACCAUCUGCAUGCUCUCUGCUGUGGUGGCCAUUUUGCUGUUCUCCUACCUCGCAUCUGUGCUCUUCAACCGAGGCCUGAUCCCUGAGAAGUUUGACGUUUUUAAAGUGAAAAGUCAGCAUUUAACAUAUAAACAUAACGGCAUCAUAACCGACACUAAGGAAGACUUAAAAGCAGAAAAUGAGGACAAUGAAAUAUGCGAACCCAUGUUAGAGUCACCGUGUUAAAUAAGAGUAGUUUAGGUAAGAAAUCCCAUCACCUUUUUAUAACUUGUUAAUAUGCACAGACACUUUUAAGGGCAAACAUGGAAUUUCUUUAUUUCUUUUAAUUACAACACAGAUUAAUUAGAUUUUUGUAUACUUUUAUGUACAGCAUUAAUGAAAUAAUAACACUAUUAUGCUCUUUGUUUUAAGAGCUCAAUAUUUUCUCUGCACUUUUAUGAAGCAGAGUCACCCACCAUGCGAAAGUAUUUUUCAUCAUACUUGUUUUUUCACUGUUAUCUGUGAGUUUCACAGCAGAAUGUUGCGAUAUGUUGUCACAUUCAUCUGCUGAAGGAGCAGAGUCUUUCUGUGUUCACUGAAGACAUGCACCUCCAAGCAGGAUGUGUAACUUCACAUAUAUUUUGGAGCCAAAUGUGGUCUAAUAUGCAACGUUUUAUGUGCAUGUGGAAACCUGAAGCCAUCACUGCUCAUACAGUGAAAAAUGACUCGUAGGAGAGGAACAAACAUCUUGUGUCUAGUAGUUUAGUGAUAGAAAUAAACAGCUUACAGUGUACA